CUUUUCUCAAUCUCUCACAUUUGACCGGAAUUAAAUGAAAUCAGCGUAUGUAAUUACAGUAUCCCGAUGGACUAGAACGUAGACCUAUGUGUUAUAUGGGGUUAAACGGCCCUUUUCACAAUAUAGCAUUUUCAGUAUUAGACUAAGUUUCCUACAAUAUUCUAAUAGUUGCUUUUCUAAAGUUUCUAGAUAUUAUUUGGGUGUUUCUUUUUGUUUACAGUGUGUACAAGAAGAUUUUUAUUUGUUGUGAGCGCGUUUUGGUGCGUGUGUCCUGACUACGCAUGUGCAAGUAGUAAAGCGUGUUGUCGAUCUCCUUGGCGACAGGCCUAUAAACCUUUUAGGGCUAGAAGCAGAUUAUGUGCACGGAUAUUGCCACGCAGACGGCACUGCACGGUGUGGGCCAUUCACAUGGAGAUAUAGCCCAGUUGCAAGCCAUUCUAAGUAGAUGUCUUCUUUCACCGCUUUCAACAAAUAGCCCUACGGAAGAACCUGCAGCCGGUGGUGAAUUAUGAGUGGGGUGGUUUGCAAAAAGUCCCAGGAGGAGUAUGAGGAUGACUUUGAGAAGGAUCUGGACUGGCUGAUCAGUGAGGAAGGCGGAAGCGAGGACCAGGGUCCUGACUGUAAUGACAUUGAGGCAAAAAUUGACAAAGAACUGGAGGAUGCUGAGAAACAGCAAGGAAUGAAAUGGAAAGAGAAAAGCUACAAAGAGCAAAAUAAAGGCAACAAAACAGAAGCACCAGAAGAAGAUGAAGACAGGUGGCCCUCACCUAUGGAGCCUUUAGAAUACGACUCAGAUAGAGACAGCCCAAAUAAAUCAUCACCUAUAGUUUCACCUCCGCCAGGGAUGGAUGACCAGACAGAUGAGGAGAAGAAGUACAUUCUGGAGAAGAUCCAGCAGGCUAAUCGGGAGCUGCAGGAUCAGGAAACUCCAGAUUUGACAAGACGUAGGCGACUGCAUUUUAAAGAGAUGCUGGUGGACCUGGUGGUACCUCCAUUGCAGUUUGAUAAAGAUGGCCCCACCGGCAAGGUGGGUGGUGGAAGGGGCUUCAAGGAUGGAGCCCCAGAUGGAGAUGCAGAGACUGAAAUGUCAGGAAGGCUUUCCAAGCUAAACCUUUCCCCUUGGGAGGGACGUGUGAGUAUCGAUGGAGGACAGGAGGUAAAGGAGGGCAGAGUCCUUGUAGAAAAAGAUGGGAAAUUUGAUCUGGUCAGCCUCAAAGAGGUGGAGAGUGGAGGACUUCUCCCUCUUAUAGCAAACAACUACAGUGAUUUCUCACAUUCCUCCCCACAUCACCAGGAGCAAGCUGUGAGCCCCAGUAAAAACCAUAGUUCCUCUUCUCCUCCUUCUCGUGCUGGCACUUCCUCCUUCCAGCAAGGUGUCGAUCACUUCCUGGCCCCCAGACCUCCAGCACAACCCAGGUGCAGGCCCAGCUCAGCUAGUCACAUACAAAGAGGCAGCCAAAGAAGAGGUAGCAAGCGGAGGGUGCAGUCGGCCACUGGGACGACCUCCAAGUCCACAUAUACCCUCUCCUCCCACCAGAAAGAGCUGCUGCAGAAGAUCCAGGAGAGGAAGGAGAAGCUGGCCAGAGAGGCAGAGCAGAAGAAACAUGAAGAGGAGGAGAACAAGAGGCAAGAGAAUGAGCUGGCAUUCAAAGGCUGGCUGCUGAGAAAGAGAGAGCAGCUUCAGGAACAGAGAAGGAUCCACCGAGCUCAGGAGAUGGAGAGGAUGAAUUCUACAAAAGACUCUUCACACAGUGACCCAGAAGAGGCCUUCAGGCUGUGGCUUCAGAGAAAGCAGGACCAGCAGAGGAAAGAGAGACAGCUGGUGGAGCUGAAGAAGCUGGAGGAGGACAGUGUUUACCUCUUACAUAACCGUGAAGAAUGUGAAAAGGCCUUCAAACUGUGGGUGAAGAGGAAGCGAGCUGAAAAAAGAGCAGAGCAACAGGCAGCUCGAGAGCGCUCCCGCAGGUUGGUGCUGGAGGAGCGACGUGCGCGAUGCAUGCGGGACUUGGUGUGCACUGUCAAUGAAACCAAGCCAUUCAGAUUCAGCGAACAGCUGGCCUACCACUUCUGAAACAAACCCUUGCAUGCCUCUCAUCAAAAACCUAAUUUAGAUCCUAUUUUGAAGCUGCAGAUCUCAUCAUACAGUAGUUUAACCACAGACUGGACAGCACACAACUUGGCGUGGAACAUACAGUAGUUUACAGCUGUGUACAGUUGUUGCUAGAGUUUUUUUCAUUUCCAUUUCUGCUCUGUUAAAGCAGAUUUCUUUACCACAGUGACCUCUACUCAGUGUAAACAACACCUAACUAAUUAUUAAUUAACAUGAAAAUAUAUUGAAUAAAUGAUUUUUACUGUAUUUACUUUGUAUUGUGGCCGAUGCAAUUUGAACAGAGCUCUUCACAAGCUGUUGUGCAGCUUAAAUAUGAGAGCUGAACCAUUCUCUACAGUAUACUUUUUAUCAGCAAGUAUUUAUAAUAUACAAGGAUACAUCACAUUUUAAGUAUAUACCUGUAACAGAAAAAUGCUGUUUGAUGGUAUGAAACAGAUAAACCACAGUUUCUUGAUAUAAGAAGCAUUCUUAGAAUGAAAGAUGCUGAAAAUAUGACAUGAAUAAAUCAAAUAAAAAUACACCAUUAAAUAUACAUGUGUAAUAU